AUGAUCUCCCAGGUCAACGCGCAAGCGGCGGAGUUGCAUACCGGCCUUAAAUUCCAAGCCCCUGGUCCCCUCCCCAAGACGGAGAACUUUCGCAAGAGAUACGACUCCGUGAUCGACCAAUUCACCAACCUGAUCAUGCGGGAUGGUAAGAAGAGCAGGGCUCAGAGGGAUAUGGAGUUUAUCCUAACCCAUCUGCGCACCGCCUCUCCGCCGCAGAUCAGCCCUAGACGCCCUCUCCUUCCUUCACCCCCGGCUCCUCAACUCCCCUUGAACCCCGUCAUUUACCUCACUACGAUUGUGGACUCCGUCGCUCCUCUUCUCAAACUCAAGUCGCAAAAGGGUAUUGCCGGUGGAGGUGCUUCCGUGAACGUCCCUAUUCCCCUCCGCGUACGACAACGGCGAAGGGCCGCGAUCAAAUGGAUUAUCGAUGCCUCUGACAAGCGACGGGACACUACAUUCGCCCUGAGAAUCGCCAACGAGCUUAUCGCCGUUGCUGAGGGCCGUGGUGGCGCCUGGGAGAAGAAGGAACACACCAACAAGCUUGCCGUUGCCGCCCGUAUGAACGUCAACCUCGUCCCUCGCAAACGGUAA